CAAAGAGUCUAAAGGUAAAGAAGUUAUUGCCACAAAGAUGACGUCUCCAAAAAGCCCCAAAGAAGAGUCAGUGGCGAAGAUAUCCCCUGAAGAGGACGAGUUGGAGGAGAAAGCGGAGAGGCCUAUGUCACACAAGGAGGUUGGCUACGUAAAUGACAUCUACGUUGAGGACUACACACCACAGGACUUCGUGGAGGUGAAGAAACUCCACCCAGUCACCAGUAAGGUGAAGGCACCAGGCAAGAAGCCAGCUGUGGCAAGUCAGCGCCGACCAUCUCCCCAGUCCAUGCCCCACACACUCAGAGAACGGGCUCUCACCUUCUCCAACACUUCGGCUUUGUGGAAGUUCCUGAAGGAGCAGGAACGCCGCGCCCAGCACGUUAAGGCUACCUGCCAGGAAAGAUUUUUCCCCAUGGUGGACCUCAGAGAAUGGAUGCAUGGGCCUCCGAGAGCUCUCCUAGGCGCUAAGGACAUUAUUUACGACAGUGCCAACCACUUAGCGUUCUGCCCCGUGUACAAGGCUGCUAGCACCUCCUGGUCCAUCACCUUAUUGGAACUGGGAGGAUACUGGAGAGAGAGCCUCAAGAAAAAGAACUCCUUACAGCUCCUCCUGAAGCAGAUCUUCCCUAGGAUAAGCAACUUUGCUGCUUCUUCGAUCACCUCCGACUGUACUCGCUUCAUGGUGGUGAGACAUCCGUUCGAACGCCUCGUCUCUUGCUACAGAGACAAGUUCCAGGAUGCCAGUAAGGGCUACUACUACCUUCACUACGGUGAGAAAAUGGUCCGACGCUAUAGGAAGUUUCACGAUGGCCUCUCUCAGCAGCAGAUAUCGCUGUUGGAGGAACAGGUGAGGUCUAAGGUGAAGAGGGGCCUCCCUGUGGUACUCCCAGAGAACCCCUUCGCCACACCUCUGGGCCCGACCUUUUCUGAGUUCGUGCAGUACAUCCUGGACGCACACCAUGACGAUGAGCAUUGGAGGACGUACGAAGCCCACUGCUCUCCCUGCAUCCUGCCUUACGACUUCAUCCUAAGGUUCGAGUCACUUCCCGAGGAAGGCAAGCUCUUCCUGGAGUAUCUCAACCGGACUGGCGACGUCCGCCCCAGGUGGGACAACCCAACGCAGGGCGUCAAAACAGGCCAGGUAGCCUGCUCUUACUUCAAGCAGCUCCCACUACCCUACGUCCACAUGCUCUACGAGAAGUACAAGAGUGACUUUGAUCUGUACGAGUACUCGCCCGAUGACUACUUCAGAUGUGCUAAAGAUGCUAAGCCUCUGUCGACGGUGCCAGGAAGAACUCGAAGAGAGGAAAAACGAAGUAGUUGAUGAUUUAAAAAAAAAGUGUAGUGCGAUAACAAUGUAUCGAUUUUUCUAAACCAAAUAGAAUACACGCAUUGAGGGCAAGAAAUUUCGCUUAGAAUACAGACCGAAUUAUUGUUAUACUGAUGAAAAAACGCUUAACCCGUAUGGGGUAUUCAGUGCCUGUGGUAUAGGGGUGACUGAGAUUCUAUGUUUCUGAUUAUUGCAUGUACAAAAUAUGCAGAAAUCAAAAAGAUCGUAGAUAGAAUCCACAGAUACGGGAUGUAAUCAGUUUUCAUCAGUGAAAGUGGAGGGUGGUUGAAAAUUCCUUGGAUCAAGAGCCUUAACACACUUGCAGUGUAUUCUGUAAAGGAAUGCAAAGAUGUAUCUUUUUACAGACUUCAUGCAUUACUACAAAAGAAAUUUUUCUAAAUUAUGAACCCAAGUAAAAAAUGAACAUUUUAUUUAGUGUAUGAAAAAAAUUUUUGACAAAAUUCUGCGUAUAUAUCUAAUCAUGUGCCAAAUAAUAUAAAGCCUCGAUAAAUAUUGCGUAGUAAAAUAAACGUGGAACGUAACAACCUCAAGUUUUGCAAGAGCAUUUUACGAAUUGACAAGAUGGAGUGAAUGACGACAUUUCGCCCACACAUAAUAUUUAUCAGUUCAGAGGACGUGAUAAAAAGGCAGAAAGAAAACAGAACUCCCAAGAAAACAAGACGUAGGUGAAAACUAGUCGCUUUGUGUACUUUAUGGAAUAUCCACAUGAUGUAUACCCUGAAGAGUCUAUUUCUCUGUGUAUAUAUGCUGAGAAUUUACUGUAAUCAGUGUAUUUGAAUUAAAAUAUUCUUGUUUGGUGAUGCAUCAGUAGUCGUGUGUGUGUGUGUGUGUG